AUGAGGGCAGUGUCAGAUGCCGCCUGCACAAAUUUACAGAUAAUUGUUUUCUAUCCUGAUGGGCAGAUCUCUGAGCUGCAAAGACGGCAGAUGACUACAGUCUCUGGUGCUGGUGCGCGUGUUGUCACAUUUGAUGGUGGAGGAGAUGACAUGGACUUACCCAUUAAGAGAUUAAGCUCAGACGCAAAGUUUGUGGAAAAGCACGGGCUGUGCGGUAUCAACUCCUACAACUUGGGCCGGCCGCUAGCACAGCUUUGCCAUUUCUUUUGGGCAUAUUUCCGGGCAGUAGAUCAGCUGCGGGCUGACGUUGACAGUCUCCUGGACUUCUGCUUGCCUUGUGGGGCUUUGGGUAACACGGCAGCUGCUCUGAUGGCUCGGGAGAUGGGCCUCCCCAUUCGCCGGCUUGUAGCUGGCGUGAAUGCAAAUGACAUAACCCACCGAACUAUCAGCAAGGGCGAGUUCCAUCGCAGUGAGCACAUGGCAAAGACCUUGUCUGAUGCGAUCAACAUCCAAGUUCCUUACAACAUGGAGCGAAUCCUCUUCUAUUUGACUGGGGAGGAUUCCAGGUUGGUGAAGACCUGGAUGACACAGAUGGAUGCUACUGGCCGCCUGACCCUGCCUGAAGACUGGUUGCGAAAGCUGCAGGAGAUUUUUAGUUCUGCCCGAGUUGACGAUGACGCAAUGUGUGCCUGCAUCCGCAAGUCUGCUGAAGAGUAUGGCUACCUGCUUUGCCCGCAUUCAGCUGUUGCCUUGGCAGCGCAUUUUUCCACUCGAACAGGGGAGUCUGUCGCAGAGAAGCCUCAAGCUAGUGUUGUUUUUGCCACGGCUUCACCUUGCAAGUUCGAGCACUCGGUGGUCACUGCUUUGGGCCGCAAUGCAUGGAGCCAAUAUCAGGAGGGCCCUGAAUUUCCCGCCGCAGCUCGAGCAGUGCUUGCCGCAGACGAAACCCCGCCACUCCGCUUCUCUGCCGAGAUAUC